AUGCUGGAGGAGCUAUCAGCUAGGGAGCUGCUUUUCCCGGGACCGUGGAUGGCAAUUGGAGACUUCAACAUGAUUCUAAAUGUUGCCGACAAGAAUAAUUCCCUGCUAGACAGAAGGAUAAUGGGUAAAUUCAAGAGAUUUGUCGACGAUAACACACUCAAGGAAUUGUUCUUGCAUGGAAGGAGGUUCACAUGGAGCAACGAGAGGGAGAGGCCCACGCUGACGAAAAUUGAUCGUGUUCUGGUCUCUGUGGACUGGGAGCUGGCCUACCCGGAGUGCCUGCUGCAGGCACUGUCAACCAAUGCCUCAGACCAUUGCCCGCUAUUUCUUUCAUUGGAGGAUCAAGUGCAACCGCGUAAAAGAUUCUGUUUUGAACUCUUCUGGGUGAAGUUGGAAGGGUUUUUGGAGGCGGUGCAGGAAGGAUGGAUAUGUGAUGAGUCCAUCUCAGACCCGUUCGUGAGGCUUGAUGUCCUGUUGAGAAGUUGUGCUAAUAAGCACUUAACGGCGUGGGGUCAGAGGAGAGUAGGCCACAUUGAUAUGCAGAUUGCAAUUGCAAAUCUUGUGAUCCUGAGGUUUGACUGUGCGCGGGAGACUCGUGUGCUCACGGGAGAGGAGAGAUGGUUGCGUAGAACUCUGAAGCACCUGGUUCUUGGGUUAUCUUCUUUGGAACGAGCGAUUGCGAGACAACGGUCGAGGAUGAUAUGGCUGCAGGAGGGAGAUGCCAAUACCAAACUUUUUCACCUGGUGGCCAAUGGACGGAAGCUGAAAAGCUUUAUUCCUGCGAUCUCUGUGGCAGGAACCACCAUCACGGACCAAGCAGCGAAAGAGGAGGCUUUUUUCGAGGCUUAUAGUGAUCUGUUGGGGAGUUGUGGAUCUAGGGAGCACACCUUAGACCUGGAUUAUCUGGGUAUUGAGCCAAUCGACCUGGAUGACCAAGAUUUGGUCUUCCAAGAAGAGGAGACUUGGAAAGUAGUGAGGGAUAUGCCCUCGGAUCGCGCGCCGGGGCCAGAUGGGUUCAUUGGUGUCUUAUUUCAGUGUGCUUGGGCGAUUGUGAAAGGUGAUGUGAUGGCAGCAUUGAACAAGCUUUUCCUCAACAAUGGGAGAGGGUUUGGAAGGUUAAAUCAAGCCCUUAUCACCUUGAUCCCCAAAAAGCCGGAGGCCUGCCAUAUCAACGACUUUAGGACGAUAUGCCUGGUCCAUAGCAUUCCGAAGUUAGCGUCCAAACUUCUGGCCUCCAGGAUUUGCCCGUGCAUGGGAGAGCUGGAGGCGCUAAGACUAUUCGGCGAGGCAUCGGGUCUCAAGGUUAACUUCGCCAAAUCCUUGGCAGUUAUGAUCAGAUCGGAGGAGGUCGAGGAGGAGCUGGUGCGGCAGGCCUUGCCAUGGAAGCUGGAGACUUUUCCCAUCAGAUACCUAGGGCUACAGUUGGGGAUCAAACAACUCACGCGAUCGGAAUGGCAGCCUAUUGUGCAUAACGUACUUAAGAUGAUGCCAGGCUGGCAGAGAGGCCUUGUCACCAGGCCCGGACGCCUCAUUCUUGUGAACCAGGUUGUGCGGGCCAGGCCCACUCAUCACCUGAUCAUGGUGAAAGCCCCGAAGUGGGCGCUGGAGAGAGUGGAUAAAGGAUGUCGUGCAUUCUUUUGGGCAGGAUCGGAAGAGAUUCAGGGCGGCAAGUGCGCGGUAGCGUGGUGUCGAGUAUGCCGGCCAAAACAGCUAGGAGGUCUUGGUCUGGUGGAUCUUUACAAACAAGGGAUAGCUCUCAGGUUAAGGUGGGAGUGGCUGAAGCGUACUGACAGCUCGCGGCCCUGGCAAGGGCUCAACUAUUGCACAGACAAGCAAGUUAUGAUGGCUUUUGACAGCUUGGUCAAAUGGGAAGUUGGGGAAGGAUCUAGGGUGCUAUUCUGGAGAGAUCGUUGGAUCAACGGCGCUUGCGUGAAGGAGAUCGCCCCGUUGCUUGUCAAGAAAGUUCGGCAGCAGGUGGUUAACAGGAGGAAAGUGAAGGAGGUCAUGCACCUUCAUGCAUGGACACAAGAUAUCGUGGGAGAGAUGAAUACAAAGGAUCUUCUGCAGUUCAUCCAGCUAUGGGAAGUUCUGGUACAUAUGGAGCUUGUCCCUGACACAAAGGAUACCCCGAUCUGGCAAUGGGAUGCAAGCGACAUGUACUCGGCAAAAUCUGCUUACAAAAUGAUGUGUGAAGGGGGAGUCAGAUUCCAAUGUGCCUCAGCUAUCUAG